AAUAUACAAGAUAGGCCUAUGCAUUAUUUGAGAAUACAUAUUAUCUAUUUGUAUUGUAAUCAGUAAUAAGAUAUUUUAGAUACUAUUGUAAAAUACUGCAAAAGUAUUGUAAAAGAGUUUAGCAUGGAUUGUAACGUGUUAAAUGUAUAUUACAUUCGUACUACUCAGAAACACUGGGCACCAUUAGUGCAUAUAUGAAGAAUUAAAUAUAAAAUAUAUUCAUUAUAAAUAUAUAAAUAUUAUUAAACUUUCCUUAAUAAUAAAUGAAAAAAAAAACAAACAUUUUGAUAACAAGCGCAAUUUUUUCUAGAACAUUUUGCCGACGUCAUAUGUACUUCCGGGUUAAGCAAGUUCAGCGUUCGUGAUGGUAAAUUUUUCUCGAGCGAGCUGUAAGGUCUCUUUCUAUCUUUCGUUUUUGUGACAAGCGAUUCAAAUCGUUGGCCUGUUAAUUUGUCUAAAGUAUUCCCGGUCGAUGUGGUUAAUGAAGCUGAUGGCUCCGGGGGAGAAAUAGCAUUUGUUAUUAGCUAGGAUGCACAGCUAUGUACGAGAAAUGUGUCUUCUAAGCCAGUUUUAGUUAUCUAGCUAGACACAUUCGGCUUGCUGGUUAGUCAGACUGAUUGAGCCAGAUUUAGAUCAGUAACCAUCACUGUUUGUGAAUGUUGCUUCAGUGUAACUUGGACGAGUUGUACGGCCGCUUUAUCUGGAAGUGUCUGGAUGGCUGAGAGAGCUGAGUGAAUAGUGCUGUCCUGUUAAACAUGAGCUGUGCAGAUCAGGGGAAGGACUCGUCUGUGUGUCCACACCACAAACAUGAAGAAGUGGAAGCAGACAGCUCGGCCAGUGAAGACACAAAACAGGGGGCAGUCUUAUGUCUUUGCAACAAUGAGGUGAAGAGUCGAGCUGUGGUGAAGUACUCUGCAGCACCGCCUCCAGCCACAUAUGCACUCCUUCAGGAGAAAACGGAUCUCAAGCUUCCUCCAGCAAACUGGUUACGCCAGAGUGCCCAGCUCGGCUCCGCUGGCACCACUGUGUUUGGCUCCCGCAGCAAAAGCAAGCCCUUCUCUAGCUUUGGUAUGGCUUAUGAAUUCAUUGACUCCAUCGGCAACGAUGUUGAUGUGGUGUCUGACUCUGAGAACAUAAAGAAGCUGCUGAAGAUCCCAUACAGUAAAUCUCAUGUCAGCAUGGCAGUGCAUCGUGUGGGCAGGACUCUACUGCUAGAUGAGCUUGACAUUCAAGAGCUAUUCAUGAGAUCAUCACAGACUGGAGACUGGACAUGGUUGAAGGAAUUUUACCAGCGGCUCAUUGACCAGAAAUGGCAGAGGAAGAAGAAAAGUAAAGAGCACUGGUAUGAAAAGGCCAUCCUCUCCAAAUUCCUUUAUUACAGUAUAAAUGGAGAUGGUGCUGCAGAGCCUGUGGCUUCAGAAUCAGACAGCUGUGCUGAAGCAGAUGAGGCUUGUGGAAGAGAGGAAUAUGGCCCGUCCUGGCCUGCUACCUUCAGCAGCUCAACCUCGGAUUCAGCCCAGUCCUCUAUUCCUAAGGAGGAGCGAGUGGAGAACACGUAUGCGCUCGGCCAUGUUACCUCUGUUCCUAAAGAACAGAACCUGCCAACGCUCUUUAAUGAAGGAGAGAAUAGCCAGGGUUUAAAAAAUGACUUUGUGCGGAACAUCCUCUGGACUUUUGAGGACAUUCACAUGCUAGUGGGAUCCAACAUGCCCAUUUUUGGAGGAGGCCGUUACCCAGCAGUGAGUCUGCGGCUCAGGGAUAACAACAAACCAAUCAACAUUCUCACUGGUAUCGAUUACUGGCUGGAUAAUCUGAUGUGCAAUGUACCAGAGCUUGUCAUGUGUUUCCAUGUGAAUGGCAUAGUGCAGAAAUACGAGAUGAUAAAAACAGAGGACAUCCCAGAUCUGGACAAUUCCACGUUCUCCACUAGGGUGGUGAAAGACAUUGCCCAAAAUAUUCUUUCUUUUCUUAAAUCCAAUUGUACCAAAGAGGGGCACACAUAUUGGCUCUUCAAAGCCAGUGGGAGUGACAUUGUAAAGCUGUAUGAUCUGACCACUCUCUGUGAGGAGGCACCUGAAGAGAAAUGCCAGAACCCCUUCACUUUGCCAGUGGCAGUGCUACUUUAUAAGGUAGCAAGUAAUAUGAUGCUGAAAAAGAACCAAAAUAGGAAACACUAUGGGACCAUUAGAACUCUGCUGCUCAACUGUGUUAAACUACUAGACGAGGAGAAACACACUCAGAUCAUUGCCUCAGCUCACUACAUGCUGUCAGAGCUGUUUCAGCUGGAUGACUCAAGUGAGGAGGAGGGCAGCGAGGAGUCUCUGCGCAACGGGGGCUCGGAGGACAGCUAUAGUGAGGACGAGGAUGAAGAGGUGGAUGAAGAAGAAGAUGAUGAUGGCUGCUCAUACAGCAUGGCAUCUGAGCGGCCAGAGGACUGCAAGGCUGUGGCUGUGAUUAAAUCUGUUGAGGAGCUGUCUGUUCCAGAGAAGUACACAUCAACCCACAAGAUAAGGCCCAAUUGUUCGUUUCCUGUGUCCCAAGACAAAGAAGAGAAAUGUAGACUUGUACUUAGCUAUGUGCUAAAGGGACUGAAGGCAGUGGAUAGCAGUAUCAAGAAGGAGAGUGACCUGCCGGCAGCUGACCCCAACACUCCUAUCCCUCUGAAGUAUGAGGAGAGUGGAGCUAGAGCAGUUGAGAAAGAGAUCGCUCUGCUGCUUGACAGAGCUGCUCCAUGUGGUGAGGGGCUGAAGUUGCCCAUGCGCUCAGGCAUGCUGCCUGGUUCCUGGCAGCACCAGAUGAAGCUUCAGCUCUUCCUGAAGGCAUCGAAAGCUUACUACGUGCUGGCGGAGGCUGCUACCAACCUGCAGAAGUACGGCCGUGCACUGCGUUACAUCAAACUGUCACUACAGUGUCAUGAUGCGUAUUGUGCUAUAUGCAGUGGGCUGCACCAAUCUGUGCUGCUCUUCCAUAGCCAUUGUCUGUCUCUCUGUGGAGAUGUGCAGUUGAUGUUGGCCCAGAAUGCCUCAAACAGAGCUGCCUAUCUGGAGGAGUACAGCUACCAGACCAGAGAUGACCAGGAGAUCCUUCACUGCCUUCACCGGGAGAGCUCCUGCCAAGCUUUCAACAUGGCCACUGACCUGGCCACUGACCCAGAGUACCAACUGUUUGUCAGCAGUAAGUGCUAUGAGGCAGCCUAUGAAAUUUUAACCUCUGAAGCUCUGAAAGACCUGAGCCCAGAGAAGCUGGCUCAGGUUCUGAAGAGGCUUGGAAACAUCCGCAAUGAGAUGGGCGUCUUCUAUAUGAACCAGGCUGCAGCACUGCAGACAGAGAAAGAAGGGGUACGGAAGUCAGUGUGUGCAGCAGAGCAAGAGCUGUGGAAGAAGAGCUUCUCUUGUUUUGAGAAGGGCAUGCAGAAUUUUGAGGCCAUUUCAGACUCGGUUAACAAAGCUCUGCUGCUGUGUAACAUCGGCAGACUGAUGCGGAUCUGCGCGCAGGCCCAUUGCACCAUGACCACAGAAGAGAGCCGAGGAGAGUUCUCACCUGAGGAGGCUCUUUACUACAACAAGGCAGUAGAUUACUAUCAGAGGGCCAUGAAGUGUCUGGGCAGUAGAGAGGGCCAUGCAGCAGUGUGGGAUUCAGUGAACUGGGAGCUCUCCACCACGUACUUCACCCUGGCCACACUACUGCAGGACUACGCUCCACUGUCCCGCAAAGCUCAGGAGCAGGUUGAGAGGGAAGUGACAGAGGCUAUGAUGAAGUCUUUGCGCUAUUGUGACCUCCAGACAGAAUCAGCCCGCCAGCCACUAUACCAGUACAGAGCAGCAACUAUCCACCAUAGGCUGGCUUCUAUGUACCACAGUUGCUACCGUAACCAGGUGGGUGAUGAGAGUGUACGGAAGCAGCACAGGUCUCUAGCAGAGCUCCAUUACUCCAAAGCAGUGCGUCUGUUCCUCAGUCUGAGUGAUGCCCCGUGUGAGCUGCUCCGCACACUGCUGGAGCGUGUGGCCUUCGCUGAGUUCACCAUGGCAGGACAGAGCAGUAGUGCAGUGAAAUUGAAAACCUUAACAGGAGCUUUGGAAAUAAUGUGCGAGACUCGCCAUGCCUUCAGCCUGAUCUACAAAGAGCUGCAGGAGCAACAGCAAAGAGAGGAAGUGGUACGAGAAGACAUGGCCAAACCUGCUGAGUCCUCUGAAGAUAGCCCUGCCUCUACAGGGUUGAGCACACAGGAAGUGGUGAAGCUGAUUGGCAUCUUUGAGCCCAGCAUCUCCUUCUUGCUGCUGCAGCUGAUUAAACUCAGUACCACCAGCAAACGCAAACCCAGCAGUAAAGAAGAGGAGCAAGUGAAGGUCUACAAGCAGGUCUACUCCAGGCUGUUGCGAUCAGAAAAGAACACCCCCCUGACCCAGCGCAUAGCCCUCUAUAUGGAACUUCUUGAUCAACUGGCCUCGCCAGCAUAAACCAAAGACACACCACCAAUUCUACAUGUGAAUUAUAAUGUGAAUCAUCUGUGAGCUCUCCAGUCUGACUGAGGGUAUCGACCGUCUGACCAGACCCAGACCCUGUAAUGAAAGACUCAUGAAGAGGUUUCUGGAAUGGGACUUCGAUGUGAAUGAGUUCUCACCAGCAGUGCCUUGUUCUCACACUCAUGGCUGAUUACUCACUAGAUUUUUGCCCUUCCUUUUUUUGGUUAUUUUUUUGUAGGUAUUAGAGUUGCAAUCAAAAUUAUUCAACCCCCAUUGCAAAACAGGUUUAUUGCCAAAAUUUACAGACUUUCAGCUGUUUGUAAACCUGAUUUGCAAUGGGUGUUGAAUAAUUUUGAUUGCAACUGUAUUUAGUGAGGUUAAACUGUCAGAAAUAUUUUCCAAAACUGACUAAUGUGAACUAGUUAAAAUGCCUUUUGUUUCUGAUCCUUCAGAGAAAAAAAGAUACUUCAAUAUUUUACUUUUAGAUGAAUAAGCAAACAUUUAUUUAUUUAUCCCUCCCCCCAGAAGGGUCACAAUAUGAAUGAUUAAUAUGUGCAAUAAUAAGGCAAUGUACAGGAAAAGUUCUGUCUGAUAGAGCUGAUGCCGUAUUUUAUAUACAUGCGUGCUAUGAAAAUUCUUUAUUAAAAUUUUGGAAGCUGAUUGAA